GAAUAAUCAUUAAGGUGAUUCCUGGUUCAUAAGAAACCAAACUUCCCCAACUUUAGCCCUCCUGGAUCAUGCCCUUGCCCUUGACCAUGAGCAUGAACAUAGACAUGAUGACAUCCGCAUAAGCAAAUGUAUAUAUACACACACGAGCCAACCAUAUGCCAGCCGGCUUCAUUCUCGCUUCUUUACGCUACAGACAAUUAAUUCGACCCUUCAACUUUGGCUUUUGAUAACCAGAGAGACUGUACUUCUUAUAUAGGAAAGGGGAAGAAGAUACGAGAAAAGACACCUCCUUCUUCUGUCUACUCCCUUUCUUAUCAUCCCUCUCUCCCUCUCUCCCUCUCUCCCUCUCUCUCUCUCCCUCUCUCUUCCUCUCCCUCCCUCUCCCCAUUCUUCAUUCCUCUUUGCGCUGGUAUCGCGAAACGUCCCCAAAAACAUCACAGUACACAUACAAUACAAUCCAAUACAAUAAAUACAACACAACAAUACAACAACACCUUCCACCAGACAAUCUUUAUUUCCAAUUCAACUUGGAAUAAAACAUCACCCACUCACGGGAGAGAAACACGUCGAGAAUCAAGAUUAUCCAAAAGAAAGCAUUUUGUUAUUUUUCCUUAUCGAUUGCGUUGCAGCAAAUAAGAAGCCACCCGCGAUAUUAUCUUCCUGCACUUCUUUAUCAUAUAUUCACCAACACAGCCGUUCCAUGCCGUUAUUGGGUCCUCACAAAGGUUGCAUAUAAUCAUGGAACCCGUGCCUGAACUCCACUCCCUCGAGGAAUUCAGAGCAUCUCCAGUACCAAGGUUACGAUUACAAGAAUCCGCUCUCUACGAUAGUCAAACUCCAAUAAAGGAUCGAGAACAAUCUAGCAGACCUCCGAAUCUUCGUCGGACUACAGAUCCAAUACCCCAAUCGCCUCUUUCUCCAGGAUGGUCAUCUCCUGUUACUCCUUCAAUCCCUUUUCGUCCUCGAAAUACCUCACCAUAUGCGAGAGGUCAUUUUAGAUCGAGAUCGAACGGCAGUGCUCUUGCCCCUCCAAUGUCGCGCGCACAAUCACUUCCAGGCGUAAAUGGGGCUGGCCAUUUACUUAUGUCUCCUCAGCGACCCGCGAGUCCUUUGAGUUCACCAGCUAGGAUUCGCAUACCUAGAAAACCAGCAGACGAAGUGUUCCCAGGCUUUCCGAAUCGUGCUCUGAUCAAUAUUAGUGAAGAUGGGCAGUCAGCGAUAGAGGAAGACCCUCCCAAAAUGGCGGAUCGAAGUGCCUCUCCAAUUUUAGGGAUCCCUUCUAAUGGUAGUUAUACACGAGUACGAAGGCCAGCCUCUCCUUUACGACAGAUUGCACCCACAAGUCCUUUCUACAGUGGCACAACACCCACGACACCAUCCUCAUCGACUUCAUCCCCAUCAUACAAUGCAAUGAAAUUCGGCGAAUCUUACCUCACAUCCAUCAACUCCACUGGCUCACUGUAUUAUUCGGGUUCAUAUGCAUCUUCAUCAGUUCCCUCCACACCUACCUCGACUCGAUCCCGCAGCCCAAGUAUAUCCAGUUUGGAAACAAUACCUGAUACGCCAGAUGCAGAAGAAGCUGCCUUGGAAGCAGAGAGAAUUGCUCAGUUGAAAGCUGCAGCAGAUGCGGCAGAUGGAUUUGAAGGUGAAGAUGCCAAAUCUAGAGGAUUAGAUAAUUCAGGAGGUCGUAACAGAGUUCUGGGAGCGUUUGGCACACGAGACAAGAGAAAACGUUGGAGUGUUUGUGGUGCUGAAAGACGAGGUGAUUUGAAUCUAGACACUAUUUGGGAGGAUUGAGAUUGUUGAACCACGAUACCACGAUGACGAAUGGUCUAUGAAAGGUUUGUUUCAUGAGAAGAUCAUGGACAGAAGAAAUCAGUUGUUUAUGGGAUGCGCUGUUCAGAUUACACGGCUUCAGUACAAAAUUCCGAUUCGUCCCUGCUGUACUCCACAGUCGAAUUGUCUAGAUCUGCAUAUCUAGCAAAAAUUGGAAUACUGAAUGUCAAUCAGUACUUUCCCUUGCUCAUACAUUAUUGUACGAUACCCCUUCAGCAUUUUUGAGGGAACGGGUUUAUUUCCCAAGGAGCAUUAUAUUCGGAGUUAUUGAGGGGUUGGUAUGGUAGCAUUGCAGAGGUUAUUUGAUUUUUCCCAAACUGUAAAUAGGAAUGACGAAAGUGGCAUGGAUGACUAGGAUGAAUGUCAAUCAGUUAGCUAAUAUGAAAGGGCGAGAUGAAUUGGAGCUUGUGA